AUGGAGGGUCUGAUUCCGUUUGUGUACAGAGCCGUCAUGCAAUUCCGUUACGGCGACGAAACGCCGUUUUCUUCUUACUACGUAAGGCUUCCGGGCGAUUCGGGUCGGUUCGGGCGACCCGGGUUCCAGGUUUCGGAUCUUGGAUCUUCUUCUUCUUCUUCUUGCAACACGACGUCGUCUGGGUUCUCUUCCUUUGUCGCCUCCGAUGCGAUGACUAAUAUUGUCGUUUCGACGGGGAGUCCGUUAACCGGUCUAUCAUCGAGCGGUCGCCACGUGAUUCACACGCGCUCUUGA